AUGAGUAAGAAUGCGUUUGAGAGCCACGGCGGCAUCCCUGCUGCGGGUGGAGCCAGUGGGAGCAGUGAGCAACCCUCUCAGGGCGGCGCAGCUCCUGCCCUGAUGGCCCCAAGAUCCAGGGCUCGACUCUGGGACAUAGUACCGUGUAGCGUAAACCAGCUGCUCACGGCCUCUCUGGUUGACGGUGUUUUCAAGAUCAGGGGAAUGCAGGUUUCCCAUGUCUCAAUUGUGGGGAUCAUCAGGAAGGUGGAGAGAGCGCCAUACUUCAUUCGUUACAAGAUUGAUGAUAUGACCACCAGGCCUAUAGAAGUCCGCGAAUGGCUCGGCCGAGACAGAGCAAAGCAGCGGCGGACUGUGUUUCUGGUGGGAGUAUAUGCCAAAGUGUUCGGUAUUCUCAGAGGUUAUGCGGGGAUGAAGUGCCUUGAGGUAUUGAAUAUCCAUAUCCUGGAAGAUAUGAAUGAGUGCACCGCACAUAUUCUGGAAAUUGUCAACGCACACACGAUGGUGGCUCAAGGCCUGCAAGAGGCCUCUGGGCUGAGCGCACCUGUUGCUCCAUCCCGAGUGGGUGAGGCUGCAUCCGGAGUGGGUGAGGCUCUGGAGUACGGCGAGUCCAACCUCGACUUCAUCCGGGAGGAGGUGCUGCGUUUGAUUCACGAGUGUCCACGCCAGGAAGGCAUGAGCAUUCAUGACCUGCAGGUCGAGCUUCGCAGCCUGAGCGUCAGUGCCAUCCGGGAAGCCACUGAAUGUCUGAUGAGGGAGGGCCACAUCUACCCCACUGUGGACCGGGAGCAUUUUAAAUCUGCUGAUUGA